UUACUUUUCCACUCGAGCACUCUCAUGUGUCAUUGCCCACAUAAUUCACAUUAUCUUUUCGGAGGAUAUUUAGCAGAUUUCAUAAUAUUUCAAACCAAAUUAUAUUAUAUGGGCUUUUCUGAUCUCUGACCAAAGUCGGUGUAUUGUUGGUGUACGUUGAAAAUGAUUGACACAUUUAGAGCAGACAUUCUAAUUGAUUUUACAAACUUUCAACUUUCUUUUCAAUUUUUGACUAAUUAAUGUAUAAUAGGAUAUUGUUAAUAGUAGGUUUAGAAUACUAAGGUACACAAAAUGCGUCGCUCAACAGUAUUGUCGCUACCCGUUCCCUUGAGUUGGUUAAGAUUUAAAAGGUUGAAUCGUUCUACAACUUCCAGUCGAUUGCCAAAUAAUAUUACUAAUAAUAGAUCAACAUGGAUGACGUUAGAAUCUCGACAAGUGUCAUCCUUUCGGCAAUUCUCAUCUUCAUCAAUCAAUGGUCCCCAUCCGAUGGUGCCAGAGGCCGAAAAACAUACUCGAAAAUUGGAUGGCAAACCGUGGAAGGAUGCGGCAUCGCUUAUUCUUGUUGCACCAAAUGGCGAAGAUGAAACAAAGACCGACUUCCUUGUUAUGAAGAGGUCAAAGGGAAGCACCUUUGCUCCAAAUACCCUUUGCUUUCCUGGUGGCGUUAUCAGCCCAGCGGAUUGUGAUCGAAAAUGGAUUAAUUGGUUUCUGGUUGGGACCGGGUCACAUUUAUCAGAGGUGGAAUUUCUUAAUCCUACUGCACCCCAACUUAAUCUUUAUGAUAAGAAGCCUAUAACUGAAUUCAAAAACCCUGAAGAUCUCGUCAAGUGGUACAGGGAACGUGUACCACUUCCUGUGGCACUCAGAAUUGCUGCCAUUCGAGAGACAUUCGAAGAAUGCGGAAUAUUGAUUGCAAGACCAAACAUUGCCAAAGAAGCGAGGAAAUUUGUGGGCAGAAAGGGCGAAUUGGGUCAAGGAUAUUUGGCAGGAUCACAUGUUUUUCAAGAUCCGGAUCAGCUAGAAGAAUGGCAGCGCCGUGUUCGCCAAGACCCCAUGGAAUUUUUAACCCUGUGUAAAGAACUUUUGAUACGUCCCGAUUUGAACGCAUUGGUUGAAUGGUCAAACUGGCUAACCCCUAAUUCGUUUGGGUACAAGAGGUUCGACACAAUUUUCUACAUGGUGGCCGUCUCACAAACAUUACCCUUUUUAAAUGAUGAGUAUGAAGUAGCAACAGUGAGGUGGACAUCUGCUGAUAAGGUGUUACAAGGAGCAAAUGAUGGCAAGGCAAGACUUAUCCCUCCGCAAAUAUACGAAUUGACUAGACUAAGAAACACAAGUGUCCAAAGGAUUCAGCAACUGAUGAGAAUGAGACUUAACAUGGGUAUUGAACGUUGGUGCCCUUGCUACAUUAAAGUAAACGACGGGAUCAUCUCUGUAUUUCCAGGUGACGAUUUGUAUCCAGAGGACUAUAAAAUUGAAGAAUUUGAAGAGAUUAGAGAAUUAAAUGAUAAGACUCUGCAACAAGUUCGUACAUGUACAAAGAAGCAUCACAGAAUCGAAUUCAAAUCCGCAUACGAGUUUGAACUAGUUGUUAACGUCGCUCCCCGACUAGGACAGAUAUAUGUUGGAUAAGACAAAGUCAGCAAAUCUAGUCGUUUGAAUACUACAUUACUACACCCAACCUUAAUAAGCUUUAUACAAAAGACCAUAGACCGUCUAUGGUCUAUGAUAGACGAUAGAACCGACAGCAAUAAAAAGUUGGACCAAUACUUUGUCACAUUUUUUGGCACAUUAAUUAUAAUUAUUAUUUAAUACCGUGAUCACGUUAUGCGCUUUAGUAAUUGUCCGGUUUAGGCAUUGUUUUUAAUAAUUUAUUACAAAAAUUGCAAUGCAAAUAAAUUGUUUCAGGUAAAAAUAGCCAAAUAAUAAAA